AUGUCUGGCUCAGCCUGCUCGACCUCGCCCACAUCCAGUUCAGCGUCGGUGGCCACUUUCCAGGCCGCUGACUGGACCUCCGCUGAGCGGAUCGCCGCUGUCUUCUACACGGCUGGCCUCCUGAACUGUUUCCAUGCCGCCACUGUCUUCCGCGUGGUCCGCCUCUGGAUUUGCUUCGUCUGUGUCGCCGCCGCAGCCGUCCGCAAUUUGUCAUGCAUUGCCACUUACAUAUUGCCACUUACGACUCUCCUCAUCAAAUUGCGAGGUGAAAAUGACCACCUCUUUACUGGUGUGAAGAAUUCUGCCACUGUGGCAUGGAGGACUAUUCUGGAGAAGAUGGGCCUGCAGGGGACAGUCACCCCCUUACAGGCAAGAAAAAAGUGGGAUAACCUACAGGCAAAAUACAAAGAUUGCAAGUACCCAGGGUCAGGAGAGGGUGUAAGUGGGAAGCCCACGGCUGCCACUUGGCCCUGGUUUGCCCUCAUGGACGAGGUAAUAGGAGAGAGGCCUUCCAUUAGGCCUCCUGUCCUACUGUCCACUCUCCCUGAGGACACUCCAGGGCCAAGUUCAGCAGUGGGUGACCAAAACUUAGCGGAAUAUGACACUGAUGAGGAAGACAGUCAGCCACCGACAACAGGAAGGAAGAGGAAACGGGUUCGGGAUGAUGAGCUGUUGAACCUCAACAGGGAGGACAUGCAGCAACAAAGGGAGACUGAGGAGAGAAGGUCGCAGGAGAGCAGGGAGCGAAUGGAUAGACUUUUUUCAAUUCUGGAACGUUUGAUCCCAAAAUGA